GGAGGGAGAGGGUGGAUUUUCCAGCAAGACAAUGCUUCAAUUCACGCUUCUCGCUCCACAAUGGACUUUCUAGCGAGGAAAAACGUUCGGACUUUGCCCUGGCCAGCAAGAAGUCCCGAUCUCAAUCCAAUGAUAUACAAUACAAGACCUACAUUGUUUUUAGAUUUGUUGGGUGACUCUUUAAGCGACUUAUUCAUAUCCUACAUAUUUUUAUUUACAACAGAUAUUUUGCAUGGAAUAGACAGCCCAGGCGAAGUAAAAUUAUCUGGGUGGCGGAGGGAGCUUGUUUAAUACUUUUAAGUGCACUUUCUCACCUUAGAACUUUUACUUUUUCAAGCUAUAUUUUAUAUACAGUGUAGAAUAAUCAGAUAUAUUUUCUGAACGUAUUUGAUAAUUUCGUGAUGUGGUCACAAAUCGGGACUCUAAUUACCCUUGCCACCGUAAUAUGGCAUAAUUGUUCCGGGGGCUUAAUAAAGGAGCACAAUUUCACUAAAAAUGCAGAAGCCUUAGAUGGCGAGGGGAAGUAUGUUUUGCGAUGGGACGUGGUGGGGGAUAGGAUCGUGUUUGAAGUGACAGCGGGAACCUUGGGGUCCGUAGGGUUUGGAAUUUCCCCCUCGGGAUGGAUGACCGGAGCGGAUAUUUUUAUCGCUGGGGUGCACCCCGAUGGAUCAACGUAUGCACAGGAUUUCCACGCCACUGAUGAGACCAUGCCGAUUUUGGAUACUCGGCAGGAUUGGAGACUGUUGAAAGCGUAUGAAGUACCGGCGGAAAAUACGACUGUUUUAAAAUUUUCGCGGGACGACAAGUGUGAAUUUGAUCCAUGCCGCGAGACCGGAACUUGAGUUUUCGAAAUUACAAAAUUACACGAUCGUGAUGAACAUAACGAUGCCAGCGAUUGACACGACAUAUUGGUGUACAUUCCAUAAAGGGCUCCUUUUGACUAAAAAGCAUCACAUCGUUGCGUUUGACACCUUGCUGCCAGGCAGACACUCGGUUCAGCACACUCACCACUUUGUGGUCUACUCGUGUCACGCCCCUCCUGGUCAGACGGACGAGGAGGCCUUUGAUCGAUUCACGUAUGCCAGCGGAAACUCAGGCGAUCACUGCUCUACGACACAAUUCCUCCCAAUCGCGCAGUGUGAGUCGAUCGUCUACACGUGGGCGAAGGGCGGCAAGAUGAUAUUUCCUGAAGAUGUGGGCUUCCCUAUUGGAGAAACGUCAACCGUGCAAUAUUACAUGGUUGAAGUUCAUUACGAUAAUCCGGAUAGGUUAGAGGGUGUUUCCUUCGAAACGGGGUUGGCCAUGUAUUACACGACCGAGUUGAGACCGAUCGACGCGGGAAUACUCGCUAUUGGUCAAGGUGUAGAUAUUUCGCUGACCAUCCCGCCAAACCAGGAUGCCUUCAAAGUCGUGGGCCAUUGUAGUCCACAGUGCACGUACGAAGCACUUGAACCCGAAGGGAUCACCGUGUUCGCUUCGAUGCUCCACUCGCACAAAUCGGGUAGAAAAAUGAGGACGCGACACUUCCGCGGGAACUUUGAACUUCCUUGGAUCGAUUUCGACAACCAUUACGACUUUGACUUUCAACAAAACAAGGUCCUUCUCGAUACCCGUCAAAUUCUCCCUGGAGACCAGAUGUCCGUCGAGUGUACGUACUCGUCGAUUUGGCGUAAGGGAAAACCCGUAAUCGGCGGACGUUCCACGUAUGAGGAAAUGUGCCAAAGUGUGCUCUGGUAUUAUCCAAGGACUAGGUUGGAAUGCACGUCGCGUUACGAUGUGGACACUCAUUUGGCCGAUUUUGGCGUUGAGACGUACCACAUCGCAAGGGGGACCUCGUCACGAAGAUACAUCGUGGACACACCGACCUCAAUCGCAGGCGAUUACUAUGACCUCGUGGCGGCCAAGUUUAACUGGACCGAAGGCUUUUUACUCGCAUAUCAGGAAGAAAGAUUAAAUGGAUAUCAGAUGUCGCAAUGCGGUGGAAAACUACGAGCUACCAGAUAUCCGGAAGAUGUUAUCGAGUAUUUGCCAAAAGAUCGAUGUUAAUAAAAAGGAAAUACCCCAUUACUUUUGGGGUAUUUAAAUACAUAAUUGUGGUAAAUUUGUGAUUGGAUUUCAAAAUCAAAUUUAUAUGACAUUUAAUGGUGCAUACGUAUGUAUGCAUAUAUUUACACACGCACUUUGCAACACUUCUUUAACCACAUGAACACUGCUGUCACAUAUAUGUAUGU